GCGACGACAACCAGCAAACCGUACGACUUCAAGACCUUUACGGCAACCCAUCCACCGCAACCAUGUCUCACGAAUCUGUCUGGUACUCGCGUCCUCGCACCUACGGCAAGGGCAGCAGAGAAUGCCGCGUCUGCACCCACAAGGCCGGUCUCAUCCGCAAGUACGGCCUGAACAUCUGCCGUCAGUGCUUCCGUGAGAAGUCCACCGACAUUGGUUUCAUCAAGCACCGCUAAAUGGAACGCCCCAAUC